AGACGCUAGUUUGCCGGAGAGGGCGCUGUAGAUUUGGUUUACUUUUGACCAUAAUAUAGGAAGCUAAAGAGAUGUAUUUAUUAUAGUGGCUGUUUUCGGAAACUUGUAACGUACAGUAGUUAUUUUUGUUUGUGUUUUAAGGUUACAGAUGAUAUUUGGCUGUAAAAGCUGAGUGUGUUUAUAGCAGACAUGGCAGACGAGGCGUUAUUUCAGUUCCUCCAUAAUGAGCUGAUUCAGUAUGUAAACAGUGCAGAGAGCGGAGAAUCUGACAAUGGACGGUGUGUUUCCAAGCUUGAGAAUAUGGGAUUUCGGGUAGGACAAGGUCUGAUAGAAAGGUUCACCAAAGACACGGCACGUUUUAAGGACGAGCUCGAUGUCAUGAAGUUUGUCUGCAAAGAUUUUUGGACCUUCGUGUUCAAAAAGCAGAUUGACAACCUGAGAACGAACCAUCAGGGUAUUUAUGUGCUACAGGAUAACAAGUUCCGUCUACUAAAUCAACUGUCUGCUGGUAAACAGUACCUGGAGCAUGCCCCAAAGUAUUUAGCAUUCACCUGUGGCCUGGUGAGAGGGGGGCUGUACAAUAUUGGUGUGAAGAGCGUUGUCACAGCUGAAGUAUCCGUCAUGCCUGCUUGUAAAUUCCAGGUCAUGAUCCAGAAAGCGUAAUACACUGCAAAGAACAACAACUUUAUAAUAUAUUUGUUUGUUUUAGUUCUGUUUCCAAUUUGCAUUUUUAUUGUAUUGUAUAAUUAGUUUAUUCUUUUAAUUUGUACCAUAGCUUCAAUGUAUUAUGGCUUUGUCACAUUAAUCUUGUAAAUUGUUUGCACUGGAAAUCUUUAAAAAGUCUAUAAAGA